AUGGUCCUGGUUCACGUCGGCUAUUUCGUGCUUCCAGUGUUUGGCUCUGUGCGAAACAGAGGUGCCCCCUUUCAAAGGUCUCAGCAUCCUCACGCUACCUCCUGCCGCCACUUCCACCUGGGCCCCCCGCAGCCGCAGCAGCUCGCUCCCGACUUCCCCCUGGCCCACGCUGUGCAGUCGCAGCCGGGCCUCAGCGCCCACAUGGCCCCGGCCCAGCAGCACAGCGGCGCCCUGCACCAGUCGCUGACCCCGCUGCCCACCCUGCAGUUCCAGGAUGUCACAGGUCCCUCCUUCCUACCUCAGGCCCUGCACCAGCAAUACCUCCUGCAGCAGCAGCUCCUGGAAGCCCAGCACCGCAGGCUCCUCUCACACCCCAGGCGGAGUCAGGAGCGCGUGUCUGUCCACCCGCACCGCCUCCACCCCAGCUUCGACUUUGGCCACCAACUACAGACACCUCAGCCCAGGUAUCUGGCUGAGGGCACUGACUGGUCCCCGCUACAACCUGAUGGCUGCAUCACCUGUGCAUCACUGUGGCUGUGUCCCUGCAGGGAUCUCAGUGUGGACACCGGCUUGAGUCCCGCUCAGUUCCAGGUGCGGCCCAUCCCUCAGCACUAUCAGCAUUACCUAGCGACCCCUCGAAUGCACCACUUUCCCCGAAACUCCUCCUCCACGCAGAUGGUCGUCCAUGAAAUCCGAAACUACCCUUACCCUCAGCUCCACUUCCUUGCUCUCCAGGGACUGAACGCCAGCAGGCACACCUCCGCUGUGCGGGAGAGCUAUGAGGAGCUGCUGCAGCUCGAGGACAGGUUGGGAAACGUGACUCGGGGAGCUGUACAGAAUACCAUUGAGAGGUUCACCUUCCCCCACAAGUACAAGAAGCGAAGACCCCAGGAUGGCAAGGGCAAGAAGGAAGAAGGGGAGGAGUCAGACACAGAUGAGAAAUGCACAAUCUGUCUGUCUCUGCUGGAAGAUGGAGAGGAUGUGAGGCGCCUACCCUGUAUGCAUCUCUUUCACCAACUGUGUGUGGACCAGUGGCUCGCCAUGAGCAAGAAAUGCCCCAUCUGCCGAGUGGACAUUGAGACGCAGCUGGGAGCCGACAGCUGA